AGAUUAAUGAGCGGUUCUAUUUGGAGCGGUUAGAGUUGUAGUUUGUUGUAAGUCUGUCGUGAUAAGUGUAGUUGUACUGUUUUCAAAAUCAUCACCACCCAGAUUUUAAUAACUUUAUUUUACUUUAGGGAUACAUUUCUGAGUUGUCUUGCUCUGCCAAGUUUCAAGGGGGAGACUCGCGCUUCAGUUAGGCCUGGGGAGGGAAAGUGUUGCGUUUCAUGUGCUUAUUAGAUUUUCCAUAUGUGGGAGGCCUCCCAGCAGGGGAACUUAUCUCGCCCCUGCAACGUAUUAUCACUGAUGUGGGGAUAUGUUUAGCAGUUUCAUAGGUAGAUGGGAUUGUUGUCAGAGCUCUGUUGCGCGGUAGCUGUGAUACCAACUGGGAAUGUGUUUUAGGUUCAUGGGAGGGAGGAAGCCUGGCAGAGACAGACGGUUCAGACACUAAAUAAGCUCUGAGACACUCACUUUGGGUGUAUUUGCUUUGUUUUCCAUGAGGUGAUGACUAUGAAAACUAUCCACUCACCCCAACUGGUCGAGGCAGUACAGCCGCCCACCGAGAGUCGGGGUCUGUCAGAGGUUUCUUCCUCUCCACUGUCGCCAAGUGCUGCUCAAGGGGUCGACGCUGAGGUUACUUAACUGUUUCCCCUGAGCCCCUUCCUCCUGUUGUCAUUGGAGACACAGUCACACUCAAGUGCAACUUCCAGACAGAUGGCAGCCUCCGAGAGAUUGUGUGGUUUCAGGUGAUUGAAGGAGGCAGGGCCAAGCAGAAGAUUUUCACCUAUGAUGCCAUGUACAACACCAGUUACUCCCAUGUGGAGGACAGCCGCCGACAAGCGGACCCGGUCCACCAGUCCACUGUGUGGCUUCCUGAGGUCCAGAUGCAGGACGACGGCCUGUAUGAGUGCCACGUGGGGAUCUAUGACAGGCGCUCCAGAGACAAGGUGGUCCUAGCCUCUGGCAGCAUCACCCUCACUGUCAUAGUGCCUCCAAAGUCUAUCUCUGUGGUGGCAGCCAACAGCCCCGCUCCUUUCAGCCGCUACGAGGCCCAGAACUUCACUCUGGUCUGCAUUGUUACAGGAGCCAAGCCAGCUCCCAUGGUGUACUUCAAACGGGAUGGGGAGCUUAUCGAUGUGGUGCCAACUGCUCAGGCUUCUUCCUUAGGAGGAGACCAGAGCAAGGCCCCUGCUCAUGAAAAGAGCCAGGCUCAGAGCCAGGCAGGGCUCUGGAGCUCCCCAGUUCUCGCCAGUCAAGACCUUGAUGACACCAAGCUGCGGAAGUCUCUGUCCCUGCUGGAAGAACGGGGGGAGCUGGCUCGGCUGGGCCAACACGGCCCCAACAGCCCCGAGCAGGGCCGAGAGCAGAGAUCCGACUCUGAGCCCAAGCCGACCACAGAGGCGAUCCUCGAGACGGUGGUGAACCGAGAGUUUCCCCACUGGGUCCAGAGCAGCGACCCGCUCUACUACUUCGAACACGGGCAGCAGGUGGCAAGUGACGGGAUCACAGAGGUGAGAGCUCUGCUGACCUGGAGCCUGAACCCGCAGCUGGACAACGAGGCGCUGUUCAGCUGCGAGGUCAGCCACCCGGCUCUGUCCAUGCCCAUGCAGGCCGAGGUCACACUGGCUGCUCCCACAGGACCCAAGCUGUCCCUGAGCCCCAGUAAGGCCAAGGUGGGAGACACGGUGCGGAUCACGGUGCAGGGCUUCCAGCUGGGACUGUUUGUGAGCGAGGUCUUCCCUGAGCCCAUGUUCACCUGGACCAAGGUGGGCGGACGUCUGCUGGAUGGCAGAGAGGAGCACGACGGCCGGGAACUCGUUCUGGAGAGAGUCCCUGCUGAGCUCAACGGCUCCAUGUUCCGCUGCACAGCCCAGAAUCCUCUGGGCUCCACAGAUACCCACACCCACCUCAUUGUGUUUGAUAGCCCGGGACUGAAGAAACAUUUUACAGCCACUGAUGCAGCUGUGAGCCGGCGCUCCCUCACAUUCACCUACAUGUUGCUGCUGCUAAGCUCCACUUGUGAGCUGACGUGACCCGAGGCUCUGCUGCUCCUCCACACGCCACCACCCAGAGCUACCUGCUUUAUACUGUUCCCUCUGCACAGACUAAACCUCCACCCAUGUGUUGUCAGCAGUGGUCAGCACUGCUGCAGCAGGACUGGAGCCCUGGGAGAGAGGACAGACACAGGACAAAGACCGAGACACUGUACAGUGACUCUGCCCCCGGAUUGCUACACGCUGACUGAAGGGAGUUUGUAAGAGGAUGCACUGUAGCGUACUAAGAGAAAUCUCAGAGGUACUGUGUAUGAGGUGACCUAUGAAACUCUGCAGGGUUCACACUAGACUGCAGGCGGCCAGUCAGCAUACGUUAGUG